AGUAGUCAUCUGCAGUGUCUACAGUGGUCUACAGUCGUCGCAGCUCGAAGCUAGUAGCUUCGUUGGCCGUAUUAGCAGUUGUUAGUUCGUGACGGAAGGCACAGUAGUCAAAUAAGUGUAGCUUGUCUGGUAGCUUGUCGAAGCUGCUUAGUGUAGCUUGGUGUACCUGAUGAAGCCAGGUGAAGCUCAGAUAGUGUACGGAUUGCAGAGCAGUGUACGGCGUGUAGAGUGCUCUUUAGUUUACACUGUUUAUGAGCUGCAUGAAACUUCUAUUUUUCAAGAAUCUCAUUGAAUACAAGAGGAUUGGUAAUGCACGCGAAUACCUCGCUUAGACGAUAGUGUUGACGAGAAAGCGGACCGUCGCCCUCAAACAGAUUCAGACGUUUCUUUUUAUUGAAACCCUCUGAUCGCACCUCGAACGCUAAGAAAAUGUCUUUGCCCGGUGUUGAUGCUACAGUUAAGUCUCAACUGAAGAAUGAGGAACUUCCAGACGGUGAGCCAAAGCAUGUUGACAGUAGAUUCAGCAGAGUUUCCGACGGGGAGAAAUCGAAAUUGCCGAAAAACGAAGAAAGGACAUCCGAAGAGGAAGGAAAGCCUGACACUCGUAAAUCGAAGCUGUCCUCUGCAUCAGACGUUGCAAAGAUCAGCAAGAGCGACACUGGACAGGACGGAGUAAUUAAUUCCAGUACACCGUCGGACCUUUCCACUGGAGCUAAUAGAGAACAAGCAAAAACUGAUAGCAGUAUGGACAACACAGCUUUAGUGGCUGAACAUUACAAUUCCCUCGAAGAGAAAGGACUUUCUCAAAGAUCUCAGAGUCGCAUAAUAUUUAUGAGAAAUUUUAACAACUGGAUUAAGAGCAUGCUCAUAAACGAAUACCUUGGAAAGGUACGUCAGGAUAAAAGUCAUGGUGCCCCUUUGAAGGUCCUGGAUAUGUGCUGCGGAAAGGGAGGAGAUCUGCUCAAGUGGAGAAAGGCAAACAUAACACAUUUAAUCUGUGCCGACAUAGCAGAAUUAUCUGUUGAACAAUGCCAGACAAGAUAUAAUGACCUGGUUGGUAGGAACACCAGUGACCGUGGAUUUGCUCCCGUAUUUACAGCCGAAUUUAUAACUGCUGACUGUACAAAGGUUCGUCUACGAGAAAAGUACAAAGAUGCCAGCGUGCAACUUGAUUUCGUCAGCUGCCAAUUUGCGUUCCAUUACAGUUUUGAGAGUCUUCAACAAGCUGAGUGUAUGCUGAGAAACGCGAGCGAGAGUCUCAGGCCUGGAGGUUACUUCAUAGGAACGAUACCAGACGCGUACGAUUUGGUUUCUCGAUGGCAAAAGUGCGAAGGCAACAAGUUCGGCAACGACGUGUAUAGCGUCGAGUUUCAAUGCGAGGAGAAGACUAAGCCACCAUUAUUCGGUGCCAAGUAUAAUUUCCAUUUGGAAGGUGUAGUCGAUUGCCCGGAAUUUCUCGUGCACGUACCCACCCUCUGUAAAUUAGCUGGAAAAUUUGGCCUUGAAUUAACCAUGUUUGACAGAUUUGAAAACUUUUACGAGCGGAUGAAAGACGAAGGCAGAUCGCUUCUCGGUAAGAUGCAAGCUCUGGAGACGUAUCCACCGUAUCACGAAGCUCCUCUGCUUGGUCAAAACCCACAGGAUUAUCAGCACGCGAUUCAGUAUAUGCAAAAUUCGACGGGUCAUCGCAAAAUUGGUACGCUCUCUCAAUCGGAGUGGGAAGCCACCUCUCUUUAUGCCGUGUUUGCCUUUCAAAAAAUGAGAACUACGUGGAACGCGGAUGGGAAGCCGGAAUACGUGAAGCUGUGAAGCCCUAAAAAGAUGAUCACUUUUGUGAGUGUAUGUGCGCGUGCGCGCGCGCGCAUGGAUGUGUGUGUCAUGAACGAGAGAAAAAGGGAGAGAAAGAGAGAAGAAACGGGGAAUCAUGGGGAGAGGGAGCCCCAUGGGACUAGUAACACGCGCUGUGAAAGCAAAGUGUACCUAUCAUGUGCGGUCGUGAAUUUUAAAUUGUACAGACUAUUUUGUUACUGUAAGAGUUCAUAGACAAUUAAAUAUAGUAUAUAUUAAGAAUCAA